UUCGUCGUCACGUUUAUCUCCUUCUCCUCCUCUGUUUCCUUUUUUCGCAAAAAGAGGAAAAAAAAAAUGUUUGAACAUUUGAAACUGUUGCGAUGCUUCAGCUUCACGGCGUCGAGAGAUUGGUUAUUCCGGCAAUCAUUCGCAAACGCCGGUCUACGCUCCGUCACAACCGAUCUCUCCCACGGCAAUUCGAUCGCAUCAACAGCUAUGCAUUGUUGGAUCCCUAAAUACCCAAACCGAUCUAAACCCAAUCUCCUCCUCCUCCACGGGUUCGGAGCCAACGCAAUGUGGCAGUACGGCGAACAUCUCCGAGCUUUCACGGGGAGAUUCAACGUCUACGUCCCCGAUCUGCUCUUCUUCGGGUUAUCAUCGACGUCGGAACCAAACAGAUCGGAGACAUUCCAGGCUCGGUGUCUGAUGAGGUUGAUGGAAGCGCACGGAGUCCAGAGGAUGGACAUCGUAGGGAUAAGCUACGGAGGAUUCGUCGGGUACAGUUUAGCGGCGCAGUAUCCGGAGAAAGUAGAGAAGCUAGUGCUAUGCUGCGCCGGGGUAUGCUUGGAAGAGAAAGACAUGGAGAACGGUUUGUUCAAGGUACCGAAUCUGGAAGAAGCUACAGGGAUUUUGAUACCACAGACGCCGGAGAAGCUCAAGGAGCUUAUUAGAUUCUCUUUCGUUAAGCCAAUCAAAGGUGUUCCUUCGUUUUUUCUCUGGGAUUUUAUCGAUGUAAUGUGUACGGAGUUUGUGGAGGAGAAGAAAGAUUUGAUCAAAUCAAUACUCAAAGAUCGGAGACUUUCUGAUCUUCCUAGGAUCAAACAGAAAUCAUUGAUCAUAUGGGGAGAAGAAGAUCAAAUAUUUCCAUUGGAACUAGGUUACAGAUUGAAAAGACAUAUAGGAGAAAGUGCAGAGAUAGUGGUGAUCAAGAACGCAGGACAUGCUGUGAAUUUAGAGAAGUCCAAGGAAUUUGUCAAGCAUUUGAAAUCUUUUCUCAUCGGCUCUUUGUGAAUUACUUACUACCUACUAUAUUCACCAAUUUAUUUUCUUACACACUAUUUCUCGUCAUUGCACUUGAAAGAGUGGUUAUUCUUUGUUGUUUAAACCAUUGAUGUCUAUUAGGACU